AGAGUACCGAAAAACACUAUCUCAAAUUUCAUUAAAGAUGUCUGCCAAGAAAUAUACAAUUCUCUGCAAGAAUUUAUGAAGGUACCACAAACAGAAGAAGAAUGGAAAGAAAUUCAAAAUAAUUUCUAUUGCCGAUGGAAUUUCACAAAUUGCUGCAGGGCUCUGGAUGGCAAACAUAUUAUUAUACGUAAUGCACCCCAUAGUGGAUGAGAAUAUUUUAAUUAUAAAG